UUGGAUUUUGAGUUUUCUUUUGCUGGAUGAGAAUGGAGAGAAAACUGAGAGCAAUAGUGCUGAUGGAGAUACAUUUGCUCUGGGUCUUUGUUUUCCUCGUGCAUGGACAAUCUAGUGCAAAUCAGGAAAAUGUGAUUGACCUUGUGAAAGCCCUAAACAUUCUUCACCGAAAAAAUGUGACCAGCUGCAUGAUAUAUAAACUACGUCCCAGAGCACCCCACCUGACGCUCCCUGCUGAAUAUUCUCGCUUCCUGUACUCCAACCUUCAGGGCAGCAUGGGUGUUCAUGUAGUGGCACGCCAGGCACUUCGAUCCACUGCCACUGUUUUUUCUCUUUCCUCUGCAUCUUCACCCAUUCUCCAGAUCAUCUCCUCCACCCUCGAUAACACCCUGCGUUUGGACUACCAGGCUGAAGGAAAACCACACAGUUUUGCCAGCUUUCACUUUCCGGGGACAAACCCUUUCUCCAGUGAAACAUGGGUAGAGCUGGCUGUGAGCCUGGAGCCUGACAGACUGACAUUUUUUGUGGACUGUCAAGAAGCUGCAGUUUUACUGAUAGAAAGUGAGAACAAGAUCAACCUGGAGCUUCCUCAAGAUGUUCUCAUCACUCUUGGCAGCACAUUAGGAAAGAGAAACAGUAAAUUUAGUGGAUAUCUGAAGACAGCUGAACUUUCACUGAAAGCAUAUCCAAGGCGUCCAUGGAUCUGCAACAAUCUUACAGAUGACUUGGCUCCUCCAGACACACACAGCCCAGGUUCCUGGACCAAAUCUUGUCACCUUCACAAUGCUUUACCUAAUAAAGCAAAUAAUAGAUCACAGGACCAAACUUACCAUCAUCCUCGGUACAUCCAGACUGAUCAGCUGCAGACAGCUGUGGUGCUGCAUUCUACAAGAUCUGCUCGAGAUGUAAAAUCUGCUUCUCAGGUAGAGGAAAAUGAUAGACUGAAGAAGCUAGAGAGGAGGAUGGGGGAGCUGGCUCGUGUGCUGGAUAUGGUCCAAAAUGAGAUUGACAAACUGCAGAGAGAUGAUAGACUGCAGAAGCUAGAGAAGAGGACAGAGGAGGUGGCUCGUGUGCUGGACAUAGUCAAAGAUGAGACAGAUGAUAGACUGCAAGAUCUCCAGAAUACAACAAGGGAGCUGUCUCGUAUGCUGAAAAUGGUCAAAGAUGAGAAUAAAAAACUGAAGUCAUUUCUGAAGGAGUGCAAAAAAGAUUGCUGUCAAACACCUGCAUGUAAUGGGAGCCUUCCUCAAAACUCUACAGAAACGAAGCCAUGUCCUCCCCAGCCAUGUCCUCCUCAGCCAUGUCCUCCUCAGCCAUGUCCUCCUCAGCCAUGUUGUCCCCAGCCAUGUCCUCCCCAGCCAUGUCCUCCUCAGCCAUGUCCUCCCCAGCCAUGUCCUCCUCAGCCAUGUCCUCCUCAGCCAUGUCCUCCACAAAGAUGCACAGAAGCAAAAGUACCUGACUGUCAAACACCAGCAUGCAAUCCAUGUCCUCCACAGCCGCGUCCUCCCCAGGUGUGCCCUACUCAGAACUGCAAAGAGGAGAAUGUACCUGAUUGUCAAAGACGUGCAUGCGAUGGGGGUAACAGAGAGUGCUCUGCCUGUUCAGAAGAGAAUGUACCUGAAGUCUGUGAACAGCAACCCACAAGCUGUGUUGUGAAUGGGUAUGACUUCCCUAAUGGAGCUGUGAUCCCUGGUGGAGACCCCUGUCAAGAGUGUAGAUGUGUGGAUGGAAAUAUGGCAUGUUCACCUGUCCGCUGUCCUGCGUUGUCUUGUCACAACCCAGUGCGUCAUACUGGAGAGUGUUGUCCACAAUGUGAGCAGUGUAAAUUUCAGUCCAAAGUAUAUGAGAAUGGAGAGACGUUCACAUCCAAGAGACACCCCUGCCUCCAAUGCCACUGCUCUGCGGGUCAAGUGUCAUGUGAACACAUGGCUGCAUCAUGUCCUACACCACAGUGUACUCAUCCAGCUAAGCACAGAAGACAAUGUUGCCCCACAUGCAGUAAGUGUGAGUAUGAACGGAGGGUGUAUACUGAUGGGACAUCGUUCACCUCUGCUGGGAGUGGAUCCUGCCUGCAGUGCAGGUGUAAGGGUGGAAAUGUACUUUGCCAAGAAAAGCAGUGUCCUCCUGUCCACUGCUCCAACCCUGUUAGAGACCCACAUCAUUGCUGUCCAGUCUGCAAAAGUUGCAUAAUUGAUGGUGUCGAAUACGAAGAGGGCUCCAAAUGGCAGCCUGAGGGUCUGUGUUCCAGCUGCACUUGUGUGGAUGGAGAGACCUUAUGUACACCCACACCAUGCCCCCCCACCAACUGUCACCAUCCAACCACGAUUACUGGCUCCUGUUGUUCAGUGUGUGACAGCUGCACUUACAACCAGCAUGUGUAUAGUAACGGCCAGAGGUUUACACUCCCUGACCAUCCCUGUUACAUCUGCACUUGUCAGGAUGGCACCGUUCAGUGUGAGACACAACUUUGUCCCCCACUUAACUGCAGGGGCUCAUACACCCCACCUGGAGAAUGCUGCCCCAGAUGCCCGGGCAUCUAAACUCGGACUAUCAAUAGGUUUGCCACGCAGGCACACAAGACAGGAGGAUACCAACAUGGAGAGAAGGACACCAGCAUGGAGUUUCAUAAACUUUCUAGAUGGUCUCACAAAACCAUCUAGAAGGGCGAAUGCUGCAGUGGACAGAGUAGCCUUGGUGGUCAGUAAAUUAAGGGGAGGAUGCUUGGGUGUGUACAUAAACAAAUCCUGGUGCCAAAAUGCUCUGGAAUUUUCCACUGAUUGUUCCCUGUACAUGGAGCUAAUGACAGCCGACCCUUCUACAUGCCACAAGAGCUAACAGCAGUUAGUUAUGUCUCUGUACCACUAAGCACUGAUAUGAAGGAGGCGGUGUCAGAGCUCUGCAAAAUCAUCAGUGAGCGACGGAGAGACCAUCCAGAUGCCUUCUUCAUCAUCAAGCUUUUAUGUGACUUUCCUGCUGAUAUUUUACCUUCUUCUUGUGAUUCUAUGGUAAACAGUUUUAACAGUAAAUUGCAAUUACCACUUGAGAUAGUGGCCCAAUUGAAAACAAAAAGUAGCAACUAAUC